UGCUGUGUCUAAACAGUAUAUUAUUGCUUUCUUGUUAUACCUACAUAUGACUAUUUAGUCCACUAACAAAGAAACAUUGUCUGCUUCAGUAAAUGACGUCUACUAACAAUAUAAUUCAACUGUGACCAAAUAAUAUGUAUACACGAAUAGAAAUUUUUAAAAAUUUGAUAGUGACGAUUUUAUCAAAAUAACGUGUAUAAAGUAAAUAACUGAAGUACCACAUACAAAAGGCAGGAAGAGAGGUCGGACACAGAGGAAUGAAAUGAAAAUAGCAAAAUGGAGUCGCGAAGUUCCGCUAAAUAUAGAUGGGCGGGCGGAGUGCAGGCGCCGACAUCGUCGCCACAGUGUUUGCGCGCGACCUCGCUUUGUUUGACGCGAGCUAGAUUAUUCAUUAUGAAAACCAUUUUUAAAUAGCUUAUUUACUUCAAAGUAUUAACAUGUUUGCAUUUCUUGACCCAGUCCGUGGUUGUCGUAAUUGUAAAGUUUAAACAGUGAAUUUUCUUUUGGAACCAUAGCCUAUUUACGACAUGAGUAAAUGCGCGAAUUGAGGCUCAAUGUCCUAGAUUUGGAUGUCACUUUUGCAGCCGCGCCUUUAUUUUUCACUAUAGGUGAUGAGCGGCGAGGCUGAAACGGAGGCACCACGCCCUCGUCCACUUUCUGGAGGACUUUGGACAUUUCUUUCGUGGCUUCGCCGUGACGAACACAGCUCGUCUAGCGAGAGUUUAUCUAGUGCUGGUUCUGACCGAACUGCCGCUAGUUUCGCAUUUCUUGCACCAGCGCAUUAUUGUAUUACUACAUCACCCAUUAUUCUUCCACCAUCUGGACCACCUACUGAUUCUUAUAAAAAAAGAGUACGCGAAAUAAAUAAAAGACGACAGAACGAUCGAGAUUUAACUUUACAUCGUAAGUACGGACUUCACAGAGGUGAAGGUAAUAGCAGUUACGACGCUUUCAGUUUACCACCACCACGUCGAUUCGUUUUGAAUAAUAGUGAAACACAAGAUCGAGACCGGAGAGCAACAAGUGAAUUGUUGCAACGGCGUGCUGCUUAUGUUCCCGGCAAGCGACGUGCACCAGCACCUCCAGUGCGUGCAUCAUCAGUUACCGUUUCAUCAUUGACGCGACGCCCAACACGAAAGCGUCCAGCGCCACAACCACCUACGAAAUUGAUAGAAAGGUCUAAACAAAAUUGCAAUAAUAAUAUACAAAUGAAUUCACAAACUGUACAUAAUGAAAACACAUUAUCAUGUGAUAAUUCGAUGGAUUGUAAAUCGGAAAAAUAUAUAAAGAAAGGUACAAAUUCUAAAGAAAAUAAAAUAAAACAAGAAAAAGGCUUUUUGAAACAAAUAUUUGAUAAUAAAAAAAGAAAUUCUGCGAUAGAUGUUUCUGCUAUAAAAAUACUACCAAAUAUCAGUGAACUAGACAAACAAGCUGCUGAAAUAAUAGAAUCGUCUAAAAGAAAUAUUUUAAAAGGUAAUAAGAAUCUCGCCAUUACCAGACUUAUUAAGGAUUAUCACAAUUCGGCUCCGAAUAUUUGGUUAUGUAAAACAUGUUCCAGACAGCAUGAUAAAUCUGUAACUAUUUGUCCACAUUGUUUCUCGAAACAGAACAGCGAAUUUAGUAUUAACAAAAAUAAAAAUGAUACAAUUUAUACUCAAACUGAAAAUCAAAUCGAACCAAUAAAUACAGCUUCGAAUAGUCGAUUAAGCGGAAGUGAUGAAAAACAGAAACUAAGAGAAAUGUUGAAAGAAAUGAAGGAUUCUCUUCCCAAAAGGCCUAAACAUGAUACUAAUAAUGAAUUAAAUAAUACUAAUAUUUGUACCAAGAGUAACCUUCGAAAAACAGUAGAUGAAUCCUCCUUAUCCAAAGGUAAUGUCUUAUUUAUAGAAGCUCCCACACUUCGUAUAGGAUCCUCAUUACUCGAACAAAAUAAUGCUUCUUAUAAACCAUUGAACCAAAGUUUAUCGCGUCCCAUAAAUCAAAACGAAAAAAAUAACGUGGAACAAUCUGGUGCAAAAUCACUAACUCCAGGUCAAAUUGAAGUAACCGUUGCUAAAGCUUCUGCUUCUUCACACAGUGUUGCAAUAGAUAAUGAUAAAGACUCAAAAGUGAAAGGUCAUCUUCACAACGUUAACGGUUAUAGACCUGAUAGCCUUAAUACACCUUUACGAAUUUCAUCAUUAUUAAAUCCAGUUUAUAUUCCAAAAUGUAGCGAUAAUUCAAAGGAACAGUUACAAAAAAAUAUAUUAGACGAAAAUUGUUUACUCAACUCACAUUUAAAAAAUACACCGAAAAUCAAGGAAAACGCAAAAACAGAAAAUAGUGAAAUAUCGACUAAUUUGUUGAGUUCUACAACAUCAUCAACAUCAAUUUCAUCGAAUGAAAAAUCUAUAUCCAAAGAUACGACUUCAAAAAUUAAUAGAAUAUCGAUGAAUCUACCAAGUUCAAAUGCACCUUCUACCUCAUCUUCUUCUAAUCAGAAAUUGGCGUCUAAUUAUGAAAAAUCUGUUAAAAGCAAAGAAAAAAACUUUGUAAAAAUAGAUAUUGCUAAAGAAAAUAAUACUCAAAAUAAAUUGCAAACCAAAAUUAAGUCAAUACAGGCAGAAGAGAAAGAGUUAUCCGAAAUGCAACUUAAUGAAACUAGUUUUUCAAAAGACAAUCCCGUUUUAUUGAAUAAUGAAACGUCAUCGACCUCUAAUAUAGACAAAAUAAACCAGCACAUUAGGCGAAGAGAUUUAGUAAAUCAACUUGAACAAUCUAUUGCUAAAGGCGAUGAACAUGCAGCAGCCCAGGCUGCUAUAAAACUAGCUCAAUUACGACUUUCGUGUUCAGUAUUGUCUUUUACAUCACAAAUUCUUGGUGAAGCAUCGACAUCAUUGGCUACAAAUGUUGUGAGUGAUACAAAAAUAGAUAAUAAACCUUGCGAAUUAAAGGUUAAAGCAUCUACCACUCAACCUUUAUCUAAAUCAAUAAACUCUGGAACCCAAACAUCAGUAUCUGCAGGAUCAAAAGGAAAUAUAAUUAAUGUACAAAAGUCAAUUAAUAAAAAUAAUUAUGAAUUAAUAUCGCCAGAAAAAGAUAAAGUUUCCUCACCUCUUGACAAUAAAUUUCAUAUACAAUCCCAAAAAAAUAAUAAUGAAGCAUCAACUUCUAAGAAAGUUGGGACUGAACCGAGUGAGAAAGGUGGAGAUAAUAUUGUCUCAAUAUCAAUAUUGAUCGAAGACAAAGAAACGGCUCGUGGUCCUGUACAGUUACGUAUUAAUCGAGAAGCUCGCUUGGGUCACUUACGACGCCACGUGGAAGUGUCACUAGGAAUUGCCAGUCGGCUACAGCGUUGGAUUAUUGGUCGAACACUCUGCACGGAGGACGAUACACUUCUCAACUCUCUGGCGGGUCCCAAUCUUAAUGCGCCAUUUUAUCUAUACUUAGUUGAAUAUGGAAUCGAGACGAAUACUGGUGCAGAUCCUAGACGAGUAGCGCCACAAAACAGCGAAAGUGACGAUAGUAAGAACAAGACCGGCAAUGUGUACACAGAGUUGGUACAGUUAGAACGGCAAGCUCUUGUUCCAAAUACAGAAUCUUUUCAGUGCCAAAUAUGUAUGGAAGAAUGUUUGGCCGGUAGAGGAGCCGUGUUACGGGAAUGUGUACAUACAUUCUGUCGGGAUUGUUUAGCCGAUCUAAUACGGCAUUGUGAAGAGCCUGCUGUUUCGUGUCCCGCUAUGGGUUGCCCUGGAACUUUACAUGAACGUGAAAUCCGUGCCCUUGUACCGCUCGAUGAAUAUGAGCGAUGGUUGGCACGAGGAUUAGCCGCAGCCGAAAGCAGAACACGGAACGCAUUUCAUUGCCGUACUCGUGAUUGUACAGGUUGGGCUUUUUGUGAACCCGGUGUGAGGAAAUUUCCUUGUCCAGUAUGCAAGAGCAAUAACUGUGUACCGUGUCAAGCUAUACAUGAGGGCGAAACGUGUGAGCAGUAUCGCAAUAAAUUGCAACAAGCUGUAAAUGGAAAUGAAUCAAGACAAACAGAUGAAGGAACUCGGGCUUUACUAGAUACCUUAAUAUCCCGUGGAGAAGCACUAGAAUGUCCAGAGUGCAGUGCCAUUAUUACUAAGAAAUGGGGAUGCGAUUGGGUAAAAUGCUCUGCUUGCAAAACUGAGAUUUGUUGGGUAACCCGUGGCCGCCGUUGGGGUCCCGGUGGUAAAGGAGAUACCAGUGGUGGCUGCCGCUGCGGUAUUGAUGGCAAAAGAUGCCAUCCAUCGUGUGGCUAUUGUCAUUAGUUAUUUAAUUAUUUUGUAAACUUUAUAGGCAAUUGUUUAAUGUGUUCAUAUUAUAUAAUUUUA